UUCAUUUGAUUUCAAAAAGCAAACGAGUUUGGUUGUUAAAAGUGGAGAAAGGAAAAUAGAGCGCUUGAUUGCAUUUCAUAUUUUAAUUUGAAGAACAAAAAAGAAGUCAAGAAAUAAAAAAAAUAUAAAGUGAAAAUGUCUUUGGUGCCCUUAAUAGUUAAUUUAGCUCGUGGUAUGGAUGCUGAUUAUCAUCAUGGUCUGGUGGACGAUUGGGAUCGUAUGCUAGAUGAUGAUUUUGGUUUUGGAAUAAAUCCUGUCGAUAUAUUCCGUCCACGUUUGGCUUCAGUCACAGGUCAUCAUCAUCAUCAUCAUUUGCUGCCUAGACGCUCUUCAUUGUAUGCGCCAUAUUUGUUGGGCAGACGCCAACGUCAGCAACGUGAGAGAAGUGAUUCAACAUCUGGUAGCACUGCAUUAAUGCCAACCAUUGGCAAAGAUGGCUUCCAAGUCUGUAUGGAUGUUUCACAAUUCAAGCCCAGUGAGUUGACUGUGAAAACGGUGGAUAAUACUGUUAUUGUUGAAGGCAAACAUGAGGAACGUGAAGAUGAACAUGGCCUUAUACAACGUCAUUUUGUUCGCAAAUAUACACUGCCCAAAGAUUAUGAUGCAAAAGAUGUCGUCUCGACCAUUUCUUCAGAUGGUGUGCUUACUGUUAAAGCUCCUCCACCACCCAAUAAAUCCAUUGCUGGUAAUGAACGUAUCGUUCAGAUACAACAAACUGGCCCGGCUCAUUUGAAUGUUAAACAACCAGAGCAGGCUCAAGCCAUUAAGCUGCAGCAGGCUCAGUCUAAUGGUGCUGGGGAAAAAGCUGAAACUGCCAAAUAAAAAAGAAAAGUUCAUCUGUAACCAAUUAAUUGAAUUAAAGAGUAUUUUAAGCGUUUUAUCUAUUCCAUUUAUAUUUUUUUUUUUUUUUGCCAUGGGUAGAUAUAGAGUGUGUUUGUAUACUUUAGUAUGUAUUUGCUCAUGCAUUUCUUUUUUUAUUCAUAUUUACGUUUUGUGUUUUAAGUUUUUUCCUUUAUGUUUCAUCCCAAUUUAUGCUACAGUGUAGUUAAACAACUGAUGUGUGUACUGAAUUUUAAACGGAAAUUUCCAAUAUUAUAAAUAAACUUUUUUCUAUAUUUAUAAAA